UUUGCAAGGAAAAGACAGUGGAGAAAUUGUAGUUAAGCAAGUAAGAAAAGAUCCAGGAGAAAGAGAACGAAGAUCAGCAUCUAAAACUUUAAAGGAACCAAAAGUAGAAGAACAAGUUCAUCAAAGCAAUUUAGAAACUGAGAAUUUAAUACUGAAAGUGUAGCUCAUGAAAAAAAAAUGGAAGUACAGAGAAAGACAACAAGGGCACUAACAAAGAAUCUGGUUACAUUAGCUGAGGAACAAAGUUUGGCACCUGUCAGAAGAGGCCGCAGAUCCACAAACAAUAUCCCAAAGGAAGGUAAAACAGAAAAAGCAAGUGAAUCAAACAGGGAAUCAGGAGUUACUGUUGCUGACACUGUACAUAAGGAAGAGAAUGUGCAUUCUCAUAGAAGGCAAAGCAAAUCAUCAUAUGGUAGGCCAAAAGGGAAUAGGAACGUAAGCACUAAUCAGAUAAUCAAACAGGAGACAGAAGAAAAAAUAAUAAUUGGAAAAGAAGAAGACAGUGUUGAACCACGUCGAAGGGGACGUAAAUCAGCAAUUACCAAGUCAGAGGAAGUCAUGACUGAUGAAGCAGAUGAAGCUGUUAAGCAAAAAUCACUAGGAUCUGUUGUAGAAAACAACCCAGAAGAAUUGACCAAAACAGCAAAUCAGAAAAUGCAGCAGAAGAGUGUGGAAGACAGCAUAGAAGAGCCACCAAAGCAAGAAGUACGACCAUCAAGAAGAGGACGUAGAUCAGCUGUUCCUAAGUCAAAGGAAAGUAAUGCUGAAAAUAUUUCUGUAACUGAGAAUAAGAGUGUAGAAACUGAAAAUGAACCCUCUAGGCAAGGGCAUAGAUCAGCAGUUCAAAAGUCAGUUGAGAGUGGAAUUUUGAAUCAGGUGAGGGAAACAGAGGAUAAUGAUACAGGAAAUGGAAUUAAAGAAAAGACAGCUGGUCGACAGAAAAGAGCACGCAUAUGGGCCAUUAGUGAGACAAAGAAAGUUGACGAAUCAACAGAUUCUGAUAGAAAAUCUAGCUUGAACUUGACAAUUAAAUCAAUUCAGAAAGCAUCUGAAGACACGAAUCGUCCUCAGCGUAGAGGAAGAGCAAGUAUUGCUACAUCACAUCCUACCCUAAAAGAGGUUCCUCGGUCUAACAGACAAGUGAGAUUGAGUAUGAUACCUGAGAAGAUGGAAGAUGAGAAUGGUGGACCAAGUAAAUCAAAGAGACUAAGAAAGUCACAAAAUAAGGAAUUAGGAGGAUUUAGUUCUGUUGAGGAAAAGAUUUCAGAAGUUCAGACAGCGAGUCAAGUUCAAAGAGGUCAUUAAGCCCAGAGAGUCAAAGAUCACAGGGCAGGAAAAGGGCAAGAAGAAAUAGUAAUUCUUCAGAGGAUUUACACUUGACGCCAAAGUCAGCAAGAACAAGAACCAAAGUGGGCUCACCACAUAGCAAGGGUAUCCUGUGGUCACCAUCACAAAGGCAGCAACAGGCUGAUGUACGGCCCAAAGUCCUUUUUACUGGUUACAAGGACCAGCAGGAUGAGAAAAUUGUUACAGAUUUAGGGGGAAUGGUUGUGGAAUCUCCAAAAGAGUGCUCAGUGCUUGUUACAAUGAAUAUCCGAAGAACUUGUAAGCUCCUGGCAGUCAUUGGUAAAGGCAACCCUAUUGUCACACCACAGUGGCUGUCGGCAUCAAAAUUAGCAAGAAACUUUGUUGGUGCUUGGAAAUAUAUAGUAAAGGAUACAGAAUCAGAGAAAAAGUUUGCUUUUCAACUUCAUCAAAGUCUUCAGUCUGCUAGGAAAAGCCUUCUUUUUGAAGGAUUAUCAUUUCACGCCACAAGAUCAGUCAAGCCACCACCAGACCAAAUGAAAGUACAGGAUACCAUAUGA